AUGGUAAAUAAUAAAAAUACAAACAGAAAAGCCUUUAUUGGAAAAAGCACGCAUUGCACCAGUUUUGGAGUAUGUGAACAAAUAUCAUUAAUAAAAUUUGAACCACCUAAUGCUUUAAAUAAAGUUUUAAAGAAUAAUCUAAGAGAAUAUCCUAGAGAUAGCAACUUAUGCAAAAAUUAUAGAAAACUCCUCAAUAAUCUUCCAAACCUAAAAAAAAUAGAACCCAAAUAUUAUUUGACACUGUUCAAAAUUUUGUUAUAUGUUGAGUACCACGAGCUUAAAUUAAAUAUGGCAAAACAUAAUUUGAAAAAUCAAACUCUUAAACAGACUUCUGACACACUUGUAAUCAACAUACCUACUUUAGAUAAAGAUAAUUUAUUUGUUAAUAUUGAUGAUGUAGUGAAAUUGCAAUUAGUGAACUCAAAACGUAUAUAUUAUAGCAGAGUAACAGAUAUUGUACAACAAAAUGUAUAUGUGACCUUAUUUGAUGCGUCUCAAAACAGCAAACUUUCUGGUUCCAUUGUUGAUGUUCAUUUUGUACCUUCAGACUGGACAAUAAAAUGUUACCAUUAUGUCCUAUACAUUAUGUCUAAAUAUAAUUUAGUCAGUUUAGUGUAUCCUAAAAUACAUACAAAUCCUUAUAUCUAUCCAGAAUUUGUUUCAGAUUGGUUUAAUAAAAGUGUGGCAGAAAAUCCAGAACAACAAAAGGCUGUGAAUAGUAUUUUGAAUAAUUCAGCACAUCCUGCACCAUAUAUUUUGUUUGGACCUCCUGGUACUGGGAAGACAACAACAUUAGUGGAAACCAUUUGCCAGAUUAGGAAACAUUAUAUGUCCAAGCAUAUUUUAGUAUGUACAUCUUCAAAUGCAGCAGCAGAUGAAAUUGCAAAGAGAUUAUUAUGUAUACUUCCUUGUAAAGAAAUAUUUCGAAUGUAUGCAGCAUCUACAGAUAGUACAACAUUAACAACAUGUAUAAGAUUGGUAAAACUUAAUUUAUACAGUGACCACUUUUCAUAUGUAUUUAUUGACGAAGCUAGUCAAAGUAUAGAAUUGGAAUCACUAAUUCCACUUACACUCAUAAGUUCACAAAAUAAACCAAAUGAAGGAAUACUCCAUGCUCAAAUUAUUGUUGCUGGUGAUCCUCAUCAACUUGGACCCAUAGUUCAAUGUAAAAGAAUUGAACAUUUGCUUGGGAAGUCUUUGUUAGAAAGGUUAAUGGAAUGUGAGCCAUAUCAGAAAGGACAUAAUAAUGAAUAUAAUUCACGUUACAUAACGAAAUUAAUUCGCAAUUACCGUAGUAAGGAGGCCAUUUUACAUAUACCCAACAAAUUAUUUUAUGACAAGGAAUUAAUAUGUUGUAGUAACUCCAAUAUAAAUAAUAUAACUUCAGACUGGACAGUAUUAUCAAAUCAUACAUUCCCCAUUAUGUUUUUUGUCGUUAAAGGUAAUGAAAUGACAAUGGCAAAUAAGAGCGUUUAUAAUGAAGAAGAAGUCACAGUUAUAACAGAGUUUACAAAGAAAUUGAUGUGUGCCAAGCUCAACAGUUAUAAAAUUCAACAAAACAAUAUUGGCAUUAUAACACCAUUUAGGGGACAAACAAGAAAAAUUGAAGAAAGAUUAAAGAUGCAUCAAUUAAACGAUAUAACUGUUGGAACAGUAGAAAGAUUUCAAGGGCGUGAAAAAGAAAUAAUACUUCUAAGUACAGUACGCUCAAAAUGUUUUGUACAUGAUGGCCGAGAACAUAUUGGUUUUCUGUCUAAUUCAAAGCGAUUCAAUGUUGCCCUAACAAGAGCAAAAUAUCUUCUAAUAGUAGUGGGAAAUCAAUCUGUUCUUUGUAAAGACAAGUAUUGGAAUGCUUUAUGGGAAUAUUGUAAAAAAAAUCAUGCAUGUUUCAAUCUACGAGAAAAUAUCCGAUAA